CACCACCCAACCCGCCUGCCACCUUCCCGAACGCGUCCUCUCCUCUUACCUGAGCCUCUUGAUUCACCCUCGCGUGAUUUGACCCCCGGACUAGCUCACCACACCGCCCUCGCGCACGAGGCUACAUCGUCACAAUGGCAGCACGGAAGCUCCAGCAGGAGAUCGACAAAUGCUUCAAGAAGGUUGCCGAGGGCGUCGGCGCCUUCGAGGGAAUAUACGAGAAAAUCAAUCAGACUACAAACCCGUCGCAGAAGGAGAGACUGGAGGAUGCUCUGAAAAAGGAGAUCAAGAAGCUCCAGCGGUCGCGAGACCAGAUCAAGACAUGGGCGACAAUGAACGACAUCAAGGACAAGAAACCUCUAUUAGAUCAGCGGAAGCUGAUUGAGACACAAAUGGAGAAGUUCAAGGUGGUGGAGAAGGAGAUGAAGACUAAGGCAUAUUCGAAAGAAGGCCUAUCAUUAGCCGCGAAGCUGGACCCGAAAGAGAAGGAGAAACAGGAUACAAUGCAAUUCCUCUCCGAUAUGGUCGAUGAGCUGGAGCGCCAGGUCGAGACCAUCGAGGCUGAAGUGGAAACACUACAGGUUGGCAUGAAGAAGGGGAAGAAGGACACCUCUAGGGCAGAGCGGAUAGGAGAGAUGGAAGAGGUGGUAGAGCGCCAUAAGUGGCAUCAGAACAAGCUGGAACUGCUGCAACGAGCGCUGGACAAUGGCUCUGUUGAGGUGGAGCAGGUCAAGGACCUUGAGGAGAGCAUCCGAUACUAUGUCGAGAGCAAUCAAGAGGCUGAUUUCAUGGAGGAUGACACAAUAUACGACGACCUCAACCUUCAAGAGGAAGAGAACCUCUACGGAAUGGGACAGGACGUUGACCGCGUGUCUUCCCAGGACACACAAUCGAUACAGGACGAUUCGGCGGAAGCUGAAGGUCGUUCGGGCAGUCUGGGCAGUUUGAAUGUGAAGGCAAAAGCCAUUGAUGCAGCAGUAUCGGGCGCACGAAGACCAUCGACUCAGCUCAAAUCACCACUACCUGCGCUAGCAACCCUACAUUCGCCAUUACCUGGUGUGUCAAGCUCGUCCACAACCACCAUGAAACCGGCCCCCUUACCAACGAGAACCCCGGGAGAACCUUUAAAGUACGCCUCGGCAGCCGCGGCCGCAGCUGCUAGCGACAAGAAUGGCGUAGGCAUAGCACCUCUGCCACCACCACCCGGUGCGACAGCGGCACAGACUGGCCUGGCACCAGUAGGCGCACGGACAAGUGCGACAACCUCACCAGCCUCUUCGCAUCCCCAGCCGGCACAGCGGCCGACCGCUUCGAGUGCCGACAGCGUCUCAGCUGUCCAAACGUCAAAGUCCCCGGCGAUAAGUGCAAGUAUACCUGUAACACCAGCAGCCGAUAAAGCGACACUGUCACGUGCACCUUCCUCUGAAGACCCAAAUAGAUUAAGUAGGAAGCCUUCCGCCCCCGAAAAGGUAGAGGAAGAGGAGUCGCAAUCAGCCACCCCGCCUCUGACUAAUGGGGAGUCUCAUGUGGAUGAAGAAGAGGAGGAAUCGGUGUAUCACCUUCCCUCAAGUUUGCAGGAUCUGCUAGACUCAUUCGAAGCAACGAAGAACGACAUCACUGCCUCUUCAACCAAGCCGCCAGAUGAGCGCAUGCUCGCCGCAUCCAUGGCCGCCGCUCCAGACGCCGCAGAUACGGAAGCUCCACGCCAUUAUCGUCCACAAAAUCCUUACCCUUACACCCCAUCACACUACCCCCAAGAACCCCUGGCCAUAUUCGAUGAUCCAAGAUUGUACUCUCGCAUCGAGACAGAUGCACUGUUCUAUGCAUUCUACUACCGACAGGGGACAUACCAGCAGUUCUUGGCUGCCAAAGCGCUUAAGUCGCAGAGCUGGAGGUUCCACAAGCAGUAUCAGACUUGGUUCCAGCGUCACGAGGAGCCAAAGGCGAUCACCGAAGAUUAUGAGCAGGGAACGUACAGGUUCUUUGACUAUGAGAGCACGUGGAUGAAUCGAAGGAAAGCGGACUUCCGAUUCGCGUACAAGUUCUUGGAAGACGAGUUAUGAAACAGACAGCUACGUCCCACCCGAUAACAAUGUCUGGUUGUCCUUAAUAGCAGGCUGUCUGUAUGAAGUAUUAGGUAGACAUUCUAUGAAUGCCUCCUUCGGGUAGUUGUAUGGUGCCAUUGUCGGUCCCUUCGCCGUGAACCAAUCCUGCUCCUUGAUUGAACGCUUCGUCCAUGUGCGGACGCUUCACUUUCCGUGCUGUCAGAUCUCAAGUAAGAGAACGCCCGUCCAUCAGCUGGGAAUCUAGCAGGGUUCAUACAUCUGAAAUGCAGUCCUAAGUUC